AGUUUCCUGUCGUACGUGACAGCUCUGCAUCUCCUAGAGGUAAACAUCGUGCUCUCGAAGGAAUAUUGCCGAGCCACUUUCGUGUGUCCUUGUUGCCACCGUUUUCGCCAAUAGAAAAGGAUCAUUUGGCUGCGUGCGCUUUCCCCCCGCCGGAAACAGUGACCCGGAGUGUUCGUUGGUCGUAAGUGAGCCCCUUGUGCCACAGCGAGUUUCCCAAGCCCCGAAGCACACAGCUCGAAGCAUCCCGCCCUUGAGAAGUAUCGUAGACAGUAACAGCCCGUGGAUGCGCUUGCACGAGGAUAACCAAGGACGGAAGCCAAGCACCGCCGAGUGGUACGAUAUGAGCGACGAUGAUCGGGACAUUGACAUAGAGAGCGAUGAUGGUGAUGAUUCGGACAACACCAAAUCCCAAUCGCGUUCCGGCGCUGGAAGCCAUCUUUACUCACAGGCCGAAAAGCGCGCUCACCACAACGCCCUUGAGCGGAAGAGGCGCGAUCACAUCAAGGACAGUUUCACCUCACUGCGCGACUCCGUACCGUCGCUGCAGGGCGAGAAGGCCAGCCGCGCUCAGAUACUGAAGAAAGCGGCCGAAUACAUCCAGUUCAUGCGACGGAAGAACAACUCACACCAGCAAGACAUUGACGAUCUGCGGCGGCAAAACAAUAUGCUCGAAUCGCAAAUCCGCCACCUGGAGCAGGCACGGGCGUCCGGCAACUUUGUCGACGGCGCUGAUCUCGGGCUUGCGUUCCAGGACGGGUCGCGCGGUUCCGACAGCUCCGAUAUCGACGAGGUUCCUACCAACAACAACAACAACGGGCUCGGUGCGCGGCGAAACAAGAAGAUGAAAACGAAUGCGAACUACUAGAGAGACAGUAAAAGAGACCGUCUGGCCAGAGUGGGUGGAAUUUGGUAACAUUUUUUCUUAUGGUUUCUUUUCUUUUGCUCGUUUUUUUUGCUAAGUAACAGCACAAUCAUCGGCAUUACUUCGCGUACGUGGUAGCUUGUAGAGUUUGCUUUAAGGUUACAUUUACAUAUUAUUUUAGCUCUCGAAACAGCUCGAUUUGCUCUUCCGUACAGUUCUGUUUCCGUACAAAGAUCCUAACGAAUUGAACUUUUUCUUUCAUUGAUGUAAAUUAAUUAUUUGUUCAUAAUACCGGGAACCAUCUGGUAAACACACCGCACACGGAACAGCACUUGCAAAUUUGAUGACUGUAUGCAUGAAAAACACAAUGGGUUACGCUUGAGUUAUGGCAGUCGAAGAAAAACAAAAACAUAUAUAAUAUUAAAUUGUAGGAAAAGUGUCAUUAUUGUGCAUAAUCGAGAGAAGAGAUACAAUAAAACUAUAUUUAGCAUUUCAAUAAAACAUGA